GAUGGGCACAACAAAUAAUGAAAGAGGUGGGUUGGAAAUUGGAAUAAACAACAGCAGAAACAGAUUGAGAUUCACUCGGACCCGUUAAUAACAAUGGAGAAAGGAAAAGGAGUGAUGGCGGGAGGUCGUAGAUGGGCUGUCGAUUUCACAGACAAUUCCUCUACUCCUUCCUCUCGCGACAUCCCAGAUCCCCAUGGCUUUGUUCGAGCUUCUCACGAUCAGGAUGAAUCAACGCUCAGCCGCCAAAAGAAAGAUGCUGAAGCUAAUUGGAAAUCUCAGAAAGCGUGGGAAGUGGCACAAGCUCCUUUCAAAAAUUUGCUAAUGAUGGGUUUCAUGAUGUGGAUGGCUGGAAGCACAGUGCAUUUGUUUAGCAUUGGUAUCACAUUUUCAGCUCUAUGGCAGCCUAUAAGUGCUCUUCGAGGGGUUGGGAAAGUUUUUGAGCCCUUUGCGGACAGUAAAGUAGACCUUCUUGCACCCAAAUUACUAUUCAUUGCCCUUAAUUUGGGGGGUCUAGCAUUGGGUAUCUGGAAGCUUAACACGUUGGGUCUUCUUCCAACACACGCAUCAGACUGGGUUUCAUCCUUACCCCCUGCUCAGGAGGUUGAGUACUCCGUCGGCACUAUUCCCAUGCAUUAAGGUGCUUGAUGAGUUUGACGGAUUCUGGGAAUCGAUGAACAAGAAUCAAACUUCUUCAUGCAGGAAGGAACUCCGCUGCUGCUACUGGAACCGAGAAUCAAACUUCUUCAUUUCAUAAUUUGAUACGAUUUAAUGGACGAUAUCAACAUUUUCUGGGCCUGGAUAACUAGUUUGUGGUAGCUCAAGUGGCCUGCAGCUUAUCAGUGAAUAUCAUUUUUAAGUUAAAAAACACUUCUUGGUGAAAAUUUGUUGGUAAAGUAGAUAAUGUUGCGAUUUAUCCACUAGUGAGUCGGAAUUUGGGAAAAUAAUGUAAAAACGUGAUGUGCGACAAUGAUUUGAAAUUGCACCAAGAGACUUGCAUGUAGGUAAAUUUUGAAAUAUCCAAGCAGUUUGUUUUUUCUA